AUGUCUAAAACAUUAGAACUCCCUUGGGUGGAGAAGUAUAGGCCUCAUGUUUUGGAUGAUAUAGUGGGAAACGAGGAAACAAUAGAACGGUUGAAGGUUAUAGUGCAAGAUGGCAACAUGCCUAACAUGAUUAUUAGUGGACUACCAGGAAUUGGAAAGACCACGUCUAUUCACUGUUUGGCGUAUGAAUUGUUAGGCAAGGAGCACUACCACCAAGCCACGUUGGAGCUCAAUGCUUCAGAUGAUAGAGGUAUCGAUGUUGUUAGAAACAAGAUAAAGCAGUUUGCUCAGACAAAGAUCCUGCUUCCACCAGGUAGGACAAAGAUUAUCAUUUUGGAUGAAGCAGACUCCAUGACCCCUGGUGCCCAACAGGCAUUGAGACGGACUAUGGAAAUUUACUCAAACACUACUAGAUUUGCAUUUGCUUGUAACCAAUCACUGAAAAUAAUAGAACCACUACAAUCGCGUUGUGCUAUUUUAAGGUAUAACAAAUUAUCAGACGAAGAGGUGUUGAAGAGACUAUUGGAUAUUAUUAAGUUGGAGAAUGUGCAGUAUAACAAUGAAGGUUUGCAGGCAUUGAUUUUCAGCGCAGAAGGGGACAUGAGACAAGCGAUUAACAAUAUGCAGAGUACCGUUGCCGGAUUUGGCUUUGUCAAUGAUGUUAAUGUAUUUAAAAUUGUUGAUCAACCACACCCACUUGUGAUUCAGAAUAUUUUGUCAAAUUGUUUGCAAGGAGAUGUGGAUAAAGCAAUUGGCUUAUUGGACGGUCUUUGGCACAAAGGGUAUUCGGCGAUUGAUAUAGUGACACUGACGUUUAAAGUGGCCAAAACGAUCCCCAAUGUUGACGAACUGAAACGAUUAAACAUGAUUAAGGAAAUUGGGUUUGUCCAUAUGAGAGUGUUGGAGGGCGUUGGAAGUUACUUACAGCUUUGCGGGAUGUAUGCAAAGAUAUGCGAUUUAUGA